AUGGCACAGCACGACAAGCAUGACGUCCAGUGCCCAGCAUGCCGGAGAUGGACAUCUCGUCUGACCCGCCACAUCAAUCUCUACCACGGGGUCUCGCAGCUAGUGGACGAGCGUACGGGCGUGUUCGCACUGGCUGUUGUACGGCGGCCCGAGGAUGGCAAGUUCCUAAUGGUGCAGGAGCGGUACGGCGAGGGGUACUGGCUGCCGGGCGGCGGCGCGGAUCCGGGGGAAAGCCUGCGGGAGGCCGUCGUACGAGAGGUCUGGGAGGAGGCGGGCGCGGACAUAAGGGUGACGGGCAUCUUGACGGUCGAGUCCUUGCACCGAGUGCCGGAUGUGGAAUCUGUCGGUGCCUGCUGGGUUAGAGCGGAGGAGGUGGAGAGCUUGCCGCUGCGCAACCCCUCGGAGCCGCUGACGUGGAUUCCUUGGGUCGCCUCCGGCGGCAAGGUGCUUCCCCUGGACCCGGAGGCAUUUCCUGUUUUGGCACAGGUGUUUCCGGAUUUCCCCUUGUGA